GUAACCAACGGUAUGUCUUUUUAUGGGUGAACCCAGGCAAAGUUUCUCAUAAAGUUAGGAAAAUCUAUUUCACUGUUAAUGAAUCUAUCUAGACUGCGAAUCAUCUGUGGUGCAUGCUCACACACCAUGGGCUAUGGUAUGCAGAUAUGUAUCACACAUUACUGUGAGAAUAGGUUUAUGGCAUACAUUACAGCAUUUCAUGUUAUUUGCCAUGACCCGAGGUUUUUCACCUGUUUGCAAAGUGCUUAGUUGGGUUUUCGACAAGUUGCUGCACAUUAUAUUUGGUCAGGUAAUUGAAUAAACAGAUAUGCAAUGCUCCUAGUCCUGCAGUUAGAGAUUCUGGCAAUGCAUGAAGUUCAAAGCUGUGAUUCUGAGCAUUCAAUGCUGGACAUACUUCAUAACGCAGUUCAAGGUGCAGAUCUAUGACAUGUCUGGCUGGUGGUGCUUAGUGGGGCCAAUCGGCAAAAAAUAAGGAAUAAAAUUAAAAUUAACCUUUUCUGAUUAUUCUGCCAAAUUGUUCAUAUUCAUGGCUGAUAAGACAUAUGUAAUGUAAUUUUCGAGCUGUAAUAUUUCUUAGAUCUGGUUUAAAACUUAUGUGUUCCAAAAUUUCGAAUAACUUUAGUGCUUUUCAGGUCAAGGCAAAUAUCAAACUAUCCGAAUUCAACGUUUAAAGUAUCGAAGAUUUGCUCGCCCCUAGUAUUUACUUAAGAAGUAAUCACUCGGCUACUAAGAAAUGUAGUUUAUUACAGGUAAACUUUUUUGCGAGUCUGGUUGAUACACAGGGGCAAAAGCUUUUGUGGGUGGGCUGUGUGCAUUCGGGCCAUCUUUAACAGCAUUCUCUCUCCGUUUGCAGAUGUGUAUCCAUUCCUUCUAUCCAUUCCUUCUAUGGAGCAUCGUAGAAGUCGCAUGCUUCCGAGAUUUGCACAAGGCCGACAAACCAGCCUCUUCACAAAUAUCGCACAUUUGUUAACUGUUAUGCAGCUCUUAGAUUGGUUGUGUACUUUAGAUUGUGACAGUGAUGUGAUCAUGUUUACUGGCUGCUACGUCUGAUGCCUCUGGUGCGCAGCUAAGAAAAAUAUUUUGGGCACGGUACCGCGGCACUUUGUAAGGGUGAAUUGCUAUUAGCACUGCAGCUUGCUUAUUGCACUUCAAAAUAAUGCAUAUUAAUGGGUCAUUUACAGUUUGCAUAUUUAAUGUGUAACUCCCUGUAGAAAGUGUGUUAGCUUUUUCUUGGUGCAUCUAGCUUUUGUUUGUUUUUUGUUCUUAUGUCGUGCUUUCAAAUUGACGUGAUAUGAAAAGAAACACCAGCCUACCUACUUGAAUCUAUUUUUCUUUCCUCUGUUGCUCUAACCAAGGAAUAUGAUUGUUCCUAUAUGCAGCUGUAUUCUCUACCACCAUGAAACAUUGGAGCAUGUUUACAUCGAUGACCAUUUUUUUUAUGAGACCUUUUUUGUAUGUUAGAAUAAUUUGGUUGUGUUCUUACAUUUCAAUAUCAGUUGGUGCUUUUGGUAUGCUUAUCACAAGAAUAUUUAUAUACUUAAUUUGCAUGGUAUUGUGCGUUUUCCAGUGGGAGAGAUUGAAUGAGCUUUGAUUAUUUAAAGGGGCCCUGCAACACUCUCUGAGCAUAGUCAGAAAAUGCUGCCGAUGGGUGGUAGAGGUACCAAGAGGCAAUUAUUUUCGUGAGGCAAUAAGUUAUUUUAGUGAAUUAUCGAUAAUAUAAUCCAUUCAUUAUCGAUGCGCCAUACCUCAAUCUAUAUACGAGUUUCUCCAUUGCUGCGCCACUACACAACUGGCAUUCAUCUAACGUCAAUGUGCACUUAAACUUAUGGCAAUGCAAGGAAAAAUGCUCACCUUCUGAUCUCUUUUUUUAAAUCACAGAGAGAGUACAUGCACGCCGAAGUUCAGUGAAUACACAGUUGUGCCGGGACCAAAACGAUGAAAGACAUUUAAUGAUUGAGGCAUGACAUAUUGACAAUGGCGGUAGUGCAUGUGUUCCUUGCCUUUGGAGUCUUCUGAAAUAUACGAUUCACUCGUUACGGUAAAAGAUGGACUGCAUUCUUGCCGCCUGUGCACCUUUACGAGCAGGAUAAGACGAGUAAUGAGAGUGCACCUUCGCAAACACACAGGCGAGCAACCCCCCUCUCACCCGUGCCACUUGUGUCCUGCUAUAUUCAGUCACGACUGCAACCUCAAGCGGCACUUGCGCUCUCACAUAGGGGAACGUCCCUUUUCCUGUACGCACUGCACUUCAUCCUUUACGCAGAGAUGCCACCUGAAAGAGCACAUGCGUAUCCACACAGGAGAGCGUCCCUACUCCUGUGUCUACUGCCCUGCAUCCUUCAAGUCCAAGUACAGCCUCACGACACAUUCGCGCAGCCACACAGGAGAGCGUCCUUACUCGUGUGUGUAUUGCCCUGCAACCUUCAAGUCAAGAAACUGCCUCACGAUGCACUUGCGUAUCCAUACAGGAGAGCGUCCCCAUUCCUGUGUCUACUGCCCUGCAACCUUCAAGUCGAAGUACAGCCUUACGAUGCAUUUGCGCAGCCACACAGGAGAGCGUCCAUUUUCCUGUGCGCAGUGUGGUUCAACCUUUAAGAAAAAGCACAACCUCAAGAAACACAUCCUUCGUUGUCCUGCAACGAAGAAAUCUUGAAGAUCAAUGGUGCACAACUAUAUUUGCGGGGGGAAGAGAAGAAUUGAUUGAUUAAACUAAUUAUUAUGGAAGGAGGCAACCUCCCAUUGCAUAAAACUGUUUUUAAAUACCUUUGAAAUAUAGCUUCUCACAGUGUAUUCAUAGUUAAUAAAGGUUUCUUGAGAAGGUCUUGAACCACCUGUCAUAU